UAUCUUCUCUUUCAGCUUUGGAAUUCGUAUUGAACUUGAUUGAACUAAAAACGUGGUAACCAAGAUCAAAACAAUAAAUAUGAAACUUCAUUCAUAAUUCAAUAGUUCCGUGCUUCCUUUCUUCUGUUACAAUUUUUCUACUUUUAUUUCGGUGACCGCAUAAUUUUUGUAGAUUUGGAAGCGUUAUCGUAUUCUUCUUAGUCACUAUUUGUAUAUUAAUGAGAUAUUGAAUUUUCCAUAGUUACCAAACGAGCAAAGUAUUAACUUGCGGUUGUGGAUUUAGAUGGCGGCUUUUGACUUUUCGUACCUAAUGCGCUUUUCGACUAGAUGUGCUUCAAUCGAAGUCGGAUGUUCGUAUAAUGUGUCGAAUGGUAGACUCAACAUGACGCAUAAAAAGAAAAAGGCCCCGAACAACCACGGCUCACACAAGAACAAAAAUAGCAACAACAAACAAGCAAACAACCGAUCACAACAAAACAAUAACAACAACAACAGUAGCAAUAAAAACGAGGACGAAUCUUCUACAAACCAGGAUUCGUCUCAACUGUGUGAACAUUACGACAGAGCAAUCAACUCUACCUGUUUUCGGAGGGCAAUAAAUCAACUGCAGUCUGUGCAGUGUUGUCGAAAAAGUCCCGCCCAUUCACGAGUGAACAAAAAGAACUCGGGUGGGGGCAACGGGAGUGGUCUGACUGCGUGUCGAAAUGAGACGAGGUUGGGCAAUGAACUUUUCGCUUGUACUCAGUGUGGAACUGUAGUCUGUCUCAGUUUGACCCCGGAAAAAGGCAAAAGUGAAAAGGUCAAAGGUGACUUCAAAAAGGACAUCGAAGAGAACACUGAAAAAUUUAUUGAAGAACCGACACUAUCUAAAAAAGAGGGAGAAUAUUUAGAAAAAGGAGAAAUUGACGAAAUUUUGAACGAAAAAGAAAAGAAGGAAGAAUUAAAAGCGGAUAAAGUAAUCGAAAAAGAGGAAACACCACAAGGAGUUUCGCACGCACACGAGCAUUUCGCGACCCCUCGUUCCGAUUGUCACGCGUUAUAUCUGCGACUUAGAGGCGACCUACUCUACUGUAUUGUGUGCGAGAAGAGCCUCUCAGUACAGGGAUCAAAAAUAAUGUUGUUAAUGUCACUCGUGAAAAAAGCGAAAGGCUGCUGGUCUGUCGAUGUUAAGAACUCCUUCGAGAACGACGAUACAUACUCCAAGCAGAAUCAGAGUGAAACUGCUGGCGGCGGCAAGAAAAACAAAAGCAGCAAUGGUCAAAGUGGUCCUCAGAGCAAUAACAAAGGUCCGAAGGGAGGAGGUGGAGGCGCUGGGAAAGAAUUGAGUCUAAGAAGGGAGGUGCGAGGUUUCUCCAAUUUGGGCAACACCUGUUUCUUCAACUCUGUUGUGCAAAAUAUAAUGCACACAACGUGGCUCAGGCAGGUUAUGGUUCAGUUGGCAGAAACCAGGAGUAUACGUCUGGACGGCGAAGGAGACACCCCUCUCCAGUUUGAAUCACUCGGAAGCAUGAGCGAAGCCCUGGCUCAACUUUACACUUCCUACUUCAACGAACAGUCCUCGUCGUCAGGACUCCCUCAGACUCUGUCGCCCAAGUCCCUUUUCCAUAGUCUAUGCCAAUUCUGUCCCAUGUUUAAGAGCAGGGAACAACAAGACUCGCAGGAGAUGUUUUCCUCUUUGGUUAAUGCUCUUUUCGAAGAAGACGAGAAAAGAGUCAAAGAUGCAAUUAUGCAGCGACAUGGAAUCGAGGAAGAUUCCAAUAAAGAGAAAGAAACAGCGGAAGGAAAAAUAAAAAAGAAAGGAGUUGACGGAGAAACGAGAGCUGCUAUCAAGCGAGAGUGGAAACAAGCCCAAGCAUUGAACCCUGUGAGUGCUGUAUUCGGAGGCAUGUUAACUAAAUACAUCAAGUGCAACCACUGUUGCAACAUCAAUACCAAAUCAGAACCUUUUAUCUCCUUAUCAUUGUCCCUAAACACGACCAACUCAGACGCCAAUGGAUCCUCUGGCCACUCAAUCACAUCUUCAUCAGGGAAAACGAGAAAACCGAACUCGAACAGUGUGUCCAAAAAUGAGAAAGAUGAAGAUAGCACUUCUAUUGCAUCAUCAGGAGCCGCUUCAACCAGAAGAAGAAAAGCCCUAUCUGAGAACAAACCGGCUCCCGAAGUAGACUUGCCGCCACUGAUGCCGACAGAAAAGAAAACGACACGGAAUGAUUGCCUCCAGAAAUCCCCGGCUAUGUCCGAUGUUGCAGGCGUGAAAAUUGCAACAAGGGUGAAAAACAACUGCUCCUCAUCAGAAGAAGACGAUGACCCCGACCUGAUAAUGCCAGAUGACAUAUUCGGCUUAGAAGAUCAAUCCACCGCCAAUGAUACCACAACCAGCGAGGUAUUUCUACCUGAAACCCCGCCGAACCCCAAAACUGAUCAUUCUCAGAAUCCGAGCGAAAUUAGGCUUAAGGAAUCUUGCAGCGCAGAGGAGCAGUUAGUGAUACAAAUAGAUAACUUGAGUUUCAAUGAACCAGAUAACAAAGUCGAUGACAGCGAAUCAUCUGGAUUAACAAGUCCCCAAGAUUCUCCGGAAUUUGGUGAACGAACAAGCGGUAGUGGUAAUGAAUGUAAUAGUAAAGAAGUAGAGAAAAGUGAAAGUGACUUGGGAACCGGAUCGGAGAAAGAGUCUUCGCGGAGCAGAGGUUCGAAUGCAAGCAAGCAAGCUACUUUAUGCAGCGUCGACAGCGCCUAUGCGUCACAGACAUCGCUGACAGGUGUCGGAGGCGGCAAUGCGUGCUCGGACGCGGCUAGUGCUAGUAAUGCAGAGAGUGUGUCUAGCUGUGACGUUGAGAGGGACACUGCGGGAUCGUCGGCGUCAAUGCAAAGAGUAAUUGUAUCUCGCGAGGAGUCGUUUGGUGAUGAUAUUAAUAUUGAAAAAGACGAUGAAGAGGAAGAUACAAAAGUGGAUGAUGCUACUGAGUGUGGAAGUAGCAGUGAGAAUCUGUGUCUAGGUGGACUGUUUGAUGAGGAAGAAGACCAAACUUUGAUUGGUGGUACAAAAAAUGAGGUGGUGAAAAAUCACGAUGAAAAGCAGGAAACUGAGAUUACUGAAGAUUGUGAGGCUCUGUUCACUGCUCAAUGCUUGGAAACCAAUCUGGAGUCGAGACGCCCUCUACCAACUGGAGGUUCAGGAGAAUGCGGAGCCUCCUCGAACCCUCUCUCGGACCCCAUUGAGGCACUGUAUAUGUCCACGUUGAGUGACGGAGUUUAUGUCCCCAAGGAACCCAAUGAACUAUCAAUCAUGUCUCUACUGAAGAGUUUCACGAACCUCGAGUACCUCACAGGUUGUAACAAGAUCAAGUGCGACAAAUGUUCCGUGCACGAUAAUCGGAACCUCUCGGAUGCGUGUGUGUGGUAUAGAGUGACCAGCUGUCCUUCAGUACUGGUACUUCACAUCAAACGCUUUGCCCAGUUUGGACUUCGCUUCCGCAAACUGAAUACGUUCGUAACAAUACAACCAGUGCUGGACAUGGCCCCUUUCUGCAGUCCAGAUUGCCCAACUGAAUCCAGAUCUUCGCCCAAAGGGGGAACGGGAGGAGGGGGAAGUAGAAUCUUGUACAGAUUGUACGGAGUGGUGGAACACGUUGGCAGUCUUCAUUCAGGUCACUACACGGCCUACGUGUGCCAGCGUGGAGACCAGUCGCAAAACAACACGAAUCAGACCCCGGCUACAGACAUCGUCAGUACUCUGCUGGACAGACUGACACCCAAACAGAUGAGCCGGAUGAGAGACGGAGGGGAGUUGAAGGGCACUGCUGUGAAAGAAGAGGGGGAGGGAGAUGAACAGGCAGAAGUGGAGAGUGAUCAGAGGGAAUCGUGCCUGAACAGUGUGUGGUUCCAUGUCAGCGACACACAGGUGCGACAGGUACCCUUCAGCAAAGUGCUUUCCUCAUCGCCCUACAUGCUAUUCUACGAGAAGAUUCUCACAUAGCAGAAACAGAUUAUAAAUGCUAAAGAAAAGUGAAAGCAAAGUAGAGUACCACACCGUUUGAUUUAUUCUUAAUUGACCUAUCAGCCAACAACCUCUUCUCAGUCCUACAUGUUCUCAAAUGUGAAUCUAAUUUAUAUAUAAUCCCUGA